AUGUCUUGCGAAAACUGCAAAUCGGGCUUCGCCUGGAACGGCACGCCCACUGGCACCGAGUCCACAAUUGGAAAGAACAAGGCCUACGUCACAGGCGACUCCAAGGACACUGCUCUUCUCAUCAUCCCAGACGUCUUCGGCUGGACAUUUACCAACGCUCGUAUCCUUGCCGACCACUACGCAAAAGAAGCCAAUGUCACCGCCUAUGUGAUUGACUGCUUGGGCGGCGAAGUCGUUGACCCAGACGCAUUAUCCGACCCCGAGCUACGGGCAAAAUUCGACUUGCCAGCCUUCAUCGGUCGCAACAGCAGGGAGAUCCGCUGGCCCGAGAUCAAAGCCGCCGCCCAAGCUCUGAAGGCGCAAUACUCCAAAGUUGGCGCCAUCGGCUUCUGCUACGGCGGCUGGGCGGCCUACCAACUCGGCGCCGACCCUUCGCUCGUCGAUGCUGUCUCCAGUGCGCAUCCAUCCCUGCUCGAAAAGGCGGACCUCGACGCGCUCAAGGUUCCCGUGCAAGUCCUGGUGCCGGAGCACGACCCAUUCUACACGGAGGAGUUUAAGCAGUACACACUGGCGGCGCUGCCGAAAACUGGCGUGCCGUGGGAAUACGUUUAUUUCCCUGGUCUAAAACAUGGGUUUGCGGCAAGGGGCGAUCCGAAUGAUAAGGCGCAGAAGGAUGGAUUGGAGAGGGCUAAGAGGAGUGCUGUAAGCUUUUUCAACGAGUUUCUGCACUAA